AUUGGACUCAGUCGUGGAAUUUAGUAUUUCGGAAACGGUCGUCAGGUUGCGUGGUGUGAGCAGUGGAAAAAAGAGUGUUGGUUCUAGGAUCGUUUAUCCUCCGGAUAAAGCCCAUUCACCUGGCUUAACCAGAUCCCCUAUCGUUAGUACCGGGGCCCCAGCGACAGAAUGUCAUCGAAUAACACCGCCACUAGCAAUGGGGACAAAUUUCUACUACUGCUGUGGAAAAAUUGGAUCAUCCAGAAGCGACACUACAUUCAAACCAUCUUCGAAAUUCUCAUCCCGGUACUAUGCUGCUCAAUUCUACUGAUAACUCGUGGACUGGUCGAUCCGAAAUUCAUAGAAAGUCCAACCGUGUUCGAGCCCGGCACCAUUGAUAGAUUUUAUUCUAUGCACAACGAAGGCUCUUACAAAUAUGUGGUUGCAUAUUCACCGGAGAAUCCACUGCUGGAACGAAUUGUAGCCGAAGCUAUGGUCUCCAUAUCUCAUUACUCCGGAAACUUUACAUACCAAGGCUAUCCAAACGCACGGAGCAUGGAAGCCGCCCAGAUGAGCGGGAACUUCUUUGCCGGAGUAGAAUUUGACGACUCCUUAGUGAACACUGCCGAGUUGCCGGAGAAGCUCACCUUCGCGUUAAGAUUCCCUGCCGAACUGCGCACGGCCUUUGGCCUGUAUCCAAACUGGCAAACUCGGCUACUGAUGGUUCCUUUUUCGCCACGUUUGCGCUCGAGUUAUGAUAACUAUGAUUACUCCCCCAGUUAUUUUCGAGAAGGAUUCCUCACACUACAAGCAGCGAUAUCGAAAGCCAUCAUCAGGAAUCGUAAGGCGGAUGCUGAAAUUUCACCGGUGUUUAUUAAUCGUAUUCCGUAUCCUCCUUACUAUGACGAUCCGAUUCUGGAAGCGUUGGAACAAUUGCUUUCGAUAAUUAUUCUCCUGUCGUUUUUCUAUCCGUGCAUCGUAAUGGUGAAGCACAUCACUAUCGAGAAGGAGAAACAACUGAAGGAGGCCAUGAAGAUUAUGGGUUUGCCCAGCUGGUUGCACUGGAGUGCGUGGUUCGUGAAAAAUAUCAUUCUGCUGUUCGUGUCGAUUUCCUUGAUUACGAUUUUACUUUGCGUUUCAUUGAAUAAUUCAUCGCUGCUAGAGUAUUCUGACUGGACGGCGGUUUGGUUUUUCCUCUUUGUGUACAGCAUCGUGACGAUCUGCUUCUGCUUCAUGAUGAGUGUGUUUUUCAACAAAGCAAACAUGGCUGCCGGAAUCGCUGGUCUGAUGUGGUUUGUGUUCGUUAUGCCAUACAACGUGACCGUGACCAACUAUGAUGAACUCUCAACGGGAGCCAAGGUAGGCCUUGGAUUGUUUUCUAACACGGCGAUGUCCUUCGGAAUUUUGAGUGCGAUGCGGAUGGAAGCGAUUCAGCUUGGCGUGCAAUGGUCAAGCCUAUUUACUCCGGCUACCAUCGAUGACGGUUCCAGUGUUGGGUUGAUGAUGAUUAUGAUGCUGGUGGAUGCCGUUAUUUAUCUAGCGAUUGCGUUGUAUAUCGAACAGGUUAUGCCGGGCGAGUUCGGUGUAGCUAAACCAUGGAAUUUCCUGUUCAAGCGGGAGUACUGGGGUUGGGGUUCACAAACGGACAGCACCAUGCCACCACGGAAUGGGAUUCAAAGACAAAAUUCGAAAUAUUAUGAAGAAGAACCGACCUCGGGCAGUGUUGGAGUUCAGAUUAAGAACCUACGGAAGGUGUUCGCUGGGAACAAAGUUGCCGUUCAAGGACUUAAUCUACGAAUGUACGAAAAUCAGAUAACGAUUCUGCUCGGACAUAACGGAGCCGGAAAGACUACAACUAUGUCCAUGCUCACGGGAAUGUUUUCCCCUACGUCGGGAACAGCGUACCUGAACGGGCAUGACAUUCGAACGGACAUUGAAGGAGUACGACAGUCGUUGGGACUGUGUCCCCAGCACAACGUACUUUUCGACGAAAUGACCGUUGGGGAGCAUUUACAAUUCUUCGGCAGACUUAAAGGCGUACCAAAACAGCAACUCAGUAGUGAAGUCGACAAUUAUCUGAAAAUGCUUGAGUUGGAAGAUAAACGCAACGCCCAGUCACGUACGCUUUCCGGAGGAAUGAAACGAAGGUUGGCCGUCGGAAUGGCUUUGUGCGGGGGAUCGAAAGUCGUUCUGCUCGAUGAACCAACGUCGGGAAUGGAUCCAUCGGCUCGUAGAGCCCUCUGGGAUUUGCUGCAGAAGGAGAAGAAAAAUCGAACGAUUCUGCUGUCGACGCAUUUCAUGGAUGAAGCCGAUGUCUUGGGAGAUCGCAUCGCUAUAAUGGCCGAAGGAAUUCUCAAAACGGUCGGAUCACCUUUCUUCCUGAAAAAAACCUUCGGGGUUGGGUAUCGGCUCAUAUGCGUGAAAGAUUACAACUGUAACAAGCAGCAGCUCUGCAACAUCUUGAGACAUUAUAUUCCCGACGUGAAAAUUGAGACGGAUAUUGGAUCGGAGUUGUCUUUUGUGUUGAGAGAGGAAUACAUUACGGUGUUUCAAAGCAUGCUGGAAGAACUUGAGUCUCGAAUGACCGAAUGCGGUAUUACAAGCUAUGGGAUAUCCCUAACCACAAUGGAAGAAGUUUUCCUGAAAGCUGGCAGUGAUAGCCUUCAAGACAAAGAUCAGGAAAAUGGAACAUCCGUUAGUAUUGCUGAUCAAAGCUAUGCACUCAGCAACAUGACCCUGCUAACGGGCACACAGCUUCUAGUAAACCAAGUGAAGGCUCAAUUCUUGAAAAAAAUCCUCUCCACCAUUCGAUCAUGGGCUGUAAUGUGCAUCCAAGUGGGAAUUCCAAUUUUCUUUGUGGUAAUGACCUUCGUAAUCACAAGAAGCAUUUCAGCCGAUAAGGAUUUGCCGCCGCUAACAAUGUCUUUGAGUUCGUACAAAGAAACAGUGACCGUACUGGAGGGAACACCGAACGAUCCGAAAGUGCUAGCCUACCAGCAGCAGUUCACGAAGAUCUCCGGUUCUCACCGGCUGGACACGAUAACAGACCCCAUGAACGACUACAUUUUAGAAAGAUCAGUGCAAUCCAUUUCGGAAGUUAACACCCGCUAUCUGGUGGCAGCAACCUUCAACGGUGAGAACAGUACGGCCUGGUUCAACAACAAAGGAUACCACACGGCACCCCUAGCAGUUUCACUGAUGUUCAACGCUCUGCUCGGCUCGGAAUGUCCCAACUGUGAAUUAACAGUCGUCAACAAGCCACUGCCCUUCCAACUGUCCACCCAGUUCGACAACAUAAACACAGGAGUCAACUCCGGUUUCCAGUUGGCAUUCAACACAGGGUUCGCAAUGGCUUUCAUAGCCGCUCUGUACAUUCUGUUCUACAUUCGGGAGCGUACUUCUCGCGCCAAACUGCUGCAAUACGUUAGCGGUACCAACAUUCUACUCUUCUGGGGCGUUGCCUUCCUGUGGGAUUUCGUCACCUUCAUCGUAACCUCGUUGGUUUACAUCGCAACUCUAGCCGCUUUCCAGGAAGAAGGCUGGUCCUCCUUCGCCGAGCUUGGCCGAGUCUUUCUUCUUUUGCUAUUUUUCGGUAUAGGAUUCCUUCCCACGACCUACAUAAGUUCCUUCCUGUUUAACACCCCAGCCACUGGUUUUGUGAUUGUGAUGCUUCUUAAUAUAGCCGCCGGAUCAAUAUUUUUCACCGCAGUAGUACUGCUCAAGUUCCCCAGCUUUGAACUAGAACACGUAGCAAGUGGCUUAGAAUGGUUCUUCAUGCUGUUCCCGAACUUCGCUCUGACCCAUGGAAUGAACAAUAUCAACCAAAUCGUCAGCACAACUUCCAACUGCCAAAAGCAGUGCGAGUUGCUUCAGCUGGUUAGCUGCGACAUGAAGGUGAUGUGCCUAGCAGAACCAAAAUGCUGCGUCCCAGAUGUUUUCUCGUUCGAUAAUCUCGGAAUCGUUCGAAACCUGCUGUUUCUACUUUUUGUCGGAGCUUCCGCCUUCUGUCUUGUUCUAGCCUUCGAAUAUCGUCUAGUGGAACGAAUCAUGCAGAAAGUGCGAAAAUCAAUGUUGCGCCAGUGGACGCCACCACCUUCAGAGGAAGAUUCUGAUGUUCUGACGGAAAAGAAGCGAGUUCAAUCGAUGCCAUUCACGGAUCUGCGCCAUUAUAAUCUAGUAAUGAAAGACAUCACUAAGUACUACAAAUCGCUACUAGCGGUGAACAAACUGUCCGUAGCAGUAGAUCGAGGAGAGUGCUUUGGCCUGUUGGGUAUUAAUGGGGCCGGUAAGACCACAACCUUCAAAAUGAUGACCGGCGAUGAGAGUUUUACUUCGGGAGAGGCGUGGGUUCGUGGAGUUAGCUUGAGAACAAACAUGAAUACCGUUUACCAACAAAUUGGCUACUGUCCACAGUUCGAUGCCUUACUUGAAGAUCUUACCGGACGGGAAACAUUGAAAAUCUACGCUUUACUACGAGGUGUGCGAAGUUCUGACGUGGCGAAUGUUUCUAUGACACUGGCGGAGGACUUGAAUUUCGUGAAACAUAUCAACAAGAAGACAAAAGAGUACAGCGGUGGUAACAAACGAAAGCUCAGCACCGCUCUGGCCCUUAUGGGUAACCCUUCGGUGAUAUAUCUGGAUGAACCAACGACGGGCAUGGAUCCCGGUGCCAAGCGGCAAUUUUGGGACAUGAUCUGUAAGGUGCGAAGUUCGGGCAAAUCGAUUGUGUUGACCUCGCACAGCAUGGAGGAAUGUGAAGCUCUGUGCACUAGGCUAGCCAUCAUGGUGAAUGGGGAGUUCAAGUGUUUGGGUUCGACGCAGCACUUGAAGAAUAAGUUUUCCAAAGGGUUCCUACUUACGAUUAAGGUGAAAAAGACGGAGGACAAGCAGCUCCAGGAAAAGCGGAUUGAUGAUGUGAAGUCGUUUGUUACCACCAAAUUCGACGGGGCGGUGAUGAAAGAGGCAUACCAAGAUUCAAUCAGCUUCCACGUACCUCAGACGGACCUCAAAUGGUCGGCAAUGUUUGGCCUGAUGGAAUCGUACAAAGAACAACUGAAUGUAGAAGACUAUGCCCUAGGACAGACAACCCUGGAGCAGGUGUUCCUUUUCUUUACCAAAUACCAAAGGAUAGAAUAGAAGCGAGACAAAGGGUGAAGUGUUUUUUAAUGGUUUUAUCUAUUGAAAUAGGUUUUAAGUAAAUACACAGCUGCUGUGAUUUUGAAUGUGUCAAAAUGUAUCUUGGUUUUUGAAACUCUACGUUUCCGAUGCAGGUUUAAAAAUGACAAAUAAACUAUCUCGUACAGAACAA